GCUCGUAAUAAUCUACUAGAACUUUCCCAGCUACCCCGCCCUUAUGAACCUCGCCAUUUCUCACUCCUGGCUUGUGCCCUGCUUGUGCCACUCUCGUGUUAGGGUUGCGCGUUCCAUUUUCUUGUCUUAUCUCUCAACUCCUCAAUUUUCAGUUAUAGCCAUGGGUAAAUCGUACCCCACCGUGAGUCCCGAUUACCUCAAGGCCGUGGAAAAAGCCAAGAAGAAGCUCAGGGGUUUAAUAGCUGAGAAGAACUGUGCUCCGAUCAUGCUCCGUUUGGCGUGGCACUCGGCUGGAACCUAUGACGUGAAAACCAAGACCGGUGGCCCCUUUGGGACCAUUAAGCACCCAAACGAACUCGCUCACGGGGCUAACAACGGGCUUGAUAUUGCUGUUCGGUUGUUGGAGCCGAUCAAGGAGCAGUUCCCCAUCUUGACCUACGCUGAUUUCUACCAGCUGGCUGGUGUCGUAGCUGUUGAGGUCACCGGCGGGCCCGAAAUUCCUUUCCACCCCGGAAGAGAGGACAAGCCAGAGCCACCUCCGGAAGGCCGCUUGCCUGAUGCAACAAAGGGUUCUGAUCAUCUGAGGGAUGUGUUUGGCCAUAUGGGACUUAGCGAUCAAGAUAUAGUUGCUCUUUCCGGUGGUCACACCCUUGGAAGGUGUCACAAGGAACGAUCUGGAUUCGAGGGUGCCUGGACUCCCAACCCUCUGAUAUUUGACAACUCGUACUUCAAGGAACUGUUGUCUGGUGAGAAAGAAGGCCUGCUACAGCUUCCAUCUGACAAAGCACUCCUGACUGACCCGGUAUUCCGCCCACUCGUCGAGAAAUAUGCUGCGGAUGAAGAUGCCUUUUUUGCUGAUUAUGCUGACGCACAUCUAAAACUUUCUGAACUUGGGUUUGCCGAGGCCUAAGCGACUGGAUUAGAGAGAGCGCUGCCCGCAGUGGUGGUGGCACGUGUGCUGUCUACAUCUCUUCCUUAUUAUUUCAGUCUUUUGGUUUUCAAGAAAAAAAUGCGAUGCUCCAUCUGAGAUGUGUAUUUUGACCUGAACAAUGGUAGCAUGCUAGUUUUCUGUGGUGUUCAUUCUGUUUUGUGACAGCUGUGCGAGUAAUUUUCAUCGCAUUUGAAGUGGAGUGGCAUUGAAAUAAUAGUAUAAUUAUGAUA